ACUAUGUACAAGAUGAUUUGAGUUUGAUAGUAGAGCACGAUUUCGACAUUAAUCACAUACGCACACAUGCACAUAUAUGAGUUAUCAGCGCCAUUGCAUGCCACGGUUUAUUAUUUACUUGAGCGUGUUGCAAUUAAGAUGCGAAUAAUUGAUUACCGUGGUAGAACACGAUUCUCAAAGAACUUUAACCGAACUGUUAGUAACAGCUUUAAGUAAUCGUUAGAAGCGAUGUCUUAAACAUGACGUAAGUUCGAAAAUGUUUGAGGACAAGUUCAAUAGAUUGUCACCUGUCCGUGGUCAUUUCUGAUAAUCGGCAUGGGACGUGCCAACUCAUCUACUAUCAUUUAGAUACAAUUUGUAUUACAACAGUAUGUGUUUAUCGAGGAACUGUUUAUAGUUUACAAUGAGAUAGAUUUAUAUAAUAAACUUAUAAAAAAAAGAAUUACGAUACGAUGGCGAGCGCACCUGUCGGAACUAACCCGGAUAGCACUUCCAAAUUUUUGGAGUCGUUGCAAACUGAUUUGAAAGCCCUAGCUUCUGAAACGAAGAAGAAAUAUCCGCAGAUCAAAGAAUCAUGCGAAGAAGGAAUCACUAAAAUAAGAACUGCUUCAAAUGCCCCAGGUGUUGCUAUUUAUUAUAUUGUAAAUCAAAUCUUAUAUCCUUUGGUUCAAGGCUGUGAAAGUAAAGAUGUAAAAAUUAUUAAGUUUUGUUUAACUAUAAUGCAAAGGUUAAUUACACAACAAGCUGUUGAUCAAAAAGGUGCGCGAUAUAUUACUGAUACAUUAUGGAUGUUAAUGGAAUCAGGAACAGAAGAAGUUAAAGUGCUGCAAACUGUAACUCUAUUACUCACAAGUAAUACCAUUGUGCAUGGUGAAACACUUGCUAGGAAUCUUGUUCUAUGCUUCCGUUUACAUUUUACAAAAGAUUCUACAACAAUCAACACAGCAGGAGCUACUGUACGACAGCUAGUGUCAUUGGUGUUUGAGCGUGUUGUUGCAGAAGAUGAACAAAGCCCUGAUAAUGAUGAUUCAGAUGAUAUAAAUUUGGAGGAAUUGAAAAUUCCUACUAACCAGGCACCCAAAGGUUUAGGACCAUGUGCUGCAGAUGCAUACUUAAUGUUUCAAGAUCUAGUUCAGCUAGUAAAUGCAGAUCAACCUUAUUGGUUAAUCGGUAUUACCGAAAUGACGCGUACAUUUGGGUUGGAAUUGUUAGAAUCUGUUCUAACAAAUUUUUCUUCAGUAUUUUUCAAGCAUCCGGAAUUUAGUUUCCUCUUAAAAGAAAGGGUUUGUGCCCUUGUGAUUAAACUUUUUUCACCAAAUAUUAAAUAUCGUAAUUCCGUUCCGGCGUCAUUACAACAAGCCACACCUUUGGACAAGCCUUACUUCCCUAUUAGCAUGAGACUUCUUAGAGUUGUCUCAAUAUUAAUACAAAAAUAUCAUUCUCUUUUGGUAACAGAAUGCGAAAUAUUUUUAUCCUUAAUCGUGAAAUUUCUGGAUCCAGAUAAGCCAACUUGGCAGAGGGCUUUAGCAUUGGAGGUUUUGCAUAAGAUGACAGUACAGGCUGAUCUUCUUACGAACUUCUGCGAAUGUUACGAUUUAAAACCUCACGCGACAAAUAUAUUUCAGGAUAUUGUUAAUAGUUUGGGUGCUUAUGUACAUAGUCUUUUCGUUAAUCCUCAAAUGAUGAAUCAGGCUAAUAUGGCGGCAGGUACGACAAUACCACAAAACACUGCGUCUCCCUUAUUCACGGGAAUGCCAAUUGGCCCUGGUGUCUCGCCACAGCCUGGCUUUUAUUCUCGCGGUAUUUGGUUACCGGUAGUUGCAACAUUUACAAGUGGCCAGGCUAAAUCUACCUAUUUGGAUAUGCUCGAUAAAGUUGAACCACCACAGAUACCGAUAGGAUAUGGUAUUAGUAUAGCGUACGCAUGUUUAUUGGACAUUAUACGUUCCAUUGCCCUUGCCAUUAAUGGCUCCGGUGAAGCUAUAACAGGAAAUCAGUCGUAUAAACCAACUGAAUCUGAUCGAAAACUUCAUACUCAGCUGAUUAACUCAAGUUGGUGCGGUUUACUAGCUGCAUUAAGUCCUCUGAUAGAUGCCAGCACUGACGAAUCUGCGACAGAAAAUGUGUUGAAAGCUAUUCAAAUUUUUGCAUCUUUGUGUGGACAAUUAGAGUUACAAACUCCACGCGACGCCUUCAUUACAGCAAUAUGUAAAGCUUCAUUGCCACCUCACUAUGCACUGACAGUAUUAUACAAUGCUCCUCAAGGUAUACCAAGUGCAAGACAACAAGAGUCUGCUCAAUAUAAUUUGACAAUGGGCGAACCGGAUUACCGGCAGCAAGUAGUAGCUGUUGGCACUCCACUGCCCACCGCAUCUUUACCAGUUGGCGCACACCAGGGGCCAGUAAUGUUAACAGCAAAAAAUUUGCAAUGUAUGCGUGCAUUACUGUCACUUGCGCAUUGCCAUGGUAGCAUACUUGGCGGUGCAUGGCAUUUGGUAUUAACGACAUUACAACAUCUUGUAUGGAUUCUCGGUUUAAAACCCUCUACAGGGGGAUCCUUGAAAGCUGGGAGGACCCCGGCUGAUCCAAACGCAGUACUUACGAAUGCAGUUAUGGCAGAUCUACCUGUACUUAGCGCCAUGCUUAGUAGAUUGUUUGAGAGUAGCCAACAUUUAGAUGAUGUAGCUUUACAUCAUUUAAUAGAUGCUCUUUGCAAAUUGAGUCACGAAGCUAUGGAGUUGGCUUAUUCUAAUAGAGAACCAUCAUUAUUUGCUGUGGCCAAGCUAUUGGAAACUGGUUUGGUGAAUUUACCUCGAGUGGAAGUUCUGUGGAGGCCAUUAACAAAUCACUUAUUAGAAGUUUGCCAACAUCCGCACAUUCGUAUGAGAGAAUGGGGGGUAGAAGCUAUUACGUACCUUGUCAAAAUGGCUCUCCAGCACAAGUAUCCUCAACCUUUACGCGAUAAUCAAAAGUUGCAAACGUUACUCUUAGGACCGUUAUCCGAGUUAUCAUCGGUACGCCAUGGUGAUGUGAGACAACGGCAACUAGAAUGUGUUUUACAAGUUUUACAUGGUGCAGGGGAAACAUUGUACCAUGGUUGGCCCUUGGUACUUGGUAUUAUUGGAGCAGUGUCCGAUCACCAUGGGGAAGCUUUAGUUAGAAUAGCUUUUCAGUGUUUACAAUUGGUAGUAACUGAUUUUCUACCAGUGAUGCCUUGGCGGUGUCUUCCGCUUUGUGUCGACACGGCUGCCAAAUUCGGUUCGCAAACUCAAGAGUUGAAUAUUUCACUUACUGCGGUUGGAUUGAUGUGGAAUAUUAGCGAUUAUUUUUAUCAAAAUCAAGAGAAACUUUGUAUUUCUUUAAAAGGAGAUUCAUCUUCUGUAUUUCCGGAUUUUCCUGGUACAACGAACAUGCCAGCGUUUGAUAAGCUUUGGAUGUGCCUAUACACGAGAUUAGGGGAUUUAUGCGUGGAUCCUCGACCUGCAGUACGCAAAUCUGCCAGUCAAACUCUAUUUUCUACAAUAUCUGCGCAUGGUAGUCUAUUACAUCAGCCAACAUGGCAGGCUGUGCUUUGGCAAGUUCUUUUCCCAUUACUGGAUAAAGUAAGAAGUUUAUCAAACUCUGCUAGUAGCGAGAAGGUAGAUACUAGUGGAAAUAUACUCAUUCAUCAUAGUCGGAAUACAGCACAAAAACAAUGGGCAGAAACGCAGGUACUGACGUUAAGUGGCGUUGGAAGAGUAUUUAAUACGAAACGGCAGCUUUUACAAAUGUUGGGCGAUUUUCCUAGAGCUUGGUCUCUUUUACUAGAGUUCAUAGAAAACUCUGCACUUAGUAAAAAUAACGAGGUAUCGUUGGCAGCUUUGAAAUCAUUUCAAGAGAUUUUAUAUCUUCAAAAAGGUAGCGAUAGUAAUGAAGUGAUUCAAUCGAACGAUUCAGAGGCAUUAUGGGUCGUUGCGUGGCGUGUGUGGCUUAAUAUUGGAAUGGAAAGUACAACACCUCCACAAGAAGGCGAAACAGAACCUUAUAUACCGUCGCAAGCAUUUUUAACAGCAUUAGUUCACAUAUUUCCAGCCGUUUUUCAACAUAUUAGAAACAAAUUCACUGGACCGGAUUUGCAAAAGCUUUGCAUAGUACUGAAAAAUGCAGUCGCGGUUCCGGUGCACGGUGAGUCAACGCCGUAUAUUUUACCUACAAUGCCAGAUGUCGUCCUUACUCAUUUACAGGAUGGCGUGCUCCAUUCCAUGGAACUUCUGCAAAAAGAAGCACUAAACGGUCCCGACAAUCUACGAACAAUGAUUGUUUUAAUCUUUCUUCAACUUUUAAGCUUCUCAAAAUUAGCUUGCGAAGCGCCUACGUAUGGUAAAAUCCCAACGAAACAUAUUUCUCAAAUUAGAGGUCUAUCUAGUGAUUGGGUCACUAUGAACUAUGUUCCUUUUGGGGAGAAAGCCCUAUCGAUGGUUGUAACAUUGUAUCAAAAGACAGCGCAUGAGGUAGCAGUAAUAGAAGGGCAGGUUUUGAAGCAUAUUAUAGAAGCGUUACACGUGCCUUUGUCAAUGAAGUAUGCUUGUCCGUCGCCGACAACCUGGAAAUUGGCAGUAACUAGCCUGCUUGCUGUUUUACAUACCGGCUUACCACUGGCCAGAAAAUGUCCAGAACAGUUUCAGACUAUGUGGCCGGAGCUUGCAAGUACCUUAGAUGAUUUUUUAUUUCCGAAAAGCGUAUUAAACGUGGAACGAGGCGUGGAAGAGAUCCAAGCAGAUGAAGCUGUAGAUUGUCAAGUGAUGGAAUUGUUAAGAGAUGAAGUUCUGCCACAUUCUCAAUACAUACCUCAUCAAUUUAUUUUACGUGUGGUGAUGCUUUUAAAUAAAGGUUCUAUACAUUCAGCAACCACAGCAAAUAUUGAAAAUGGCGGCGAAACCAAAUUGCGGGAAGAAUUUGCAAAGACUUGUUUUGAAACAUUGCUACAAUUUUCUCUUUUGGAUGGGUUGAACAAUGAAUCAGAACAUGAUACAUCCAAAAAUCCUGAAAACGACGAAGGGGGAGUAGCUGGAAGAUUAGCAGUGACUGCCCUCCUUCAUAGGUUUCAAGAAGUAUUGCGACGAUAUAUAGAAAAUGAAAGGCGCAGUGGAAAGUGUCCAUUACCCAGGUACAGGUUGUCUGAAAUAUCAUUUGUUUUGAAAGCAGUUGCCACGCUUGUUGUGUCGCUAAAAAAGGCACCUCCAAAUAAAGUUGAAAAGUCAGUUUGGGAGCAACUGAUUGGAUUAUAUCCCUGUUUAGUAGAAUGUACAAUUGCUACCGCAUCAGGGCAAGUUUCAAGAUCUUUACGCGAAGCUUUGCUGCAAUACCAUGAUCUAUUGAGGCCGCCGAUUCAAAAUUCCACAACAUCAAAUGGUGUUUGACCACUGCAUUCUUUAAUUCUAACUCGAAAUAGUGAUGUUUACUACAGCGCCAAGUAGUGAACCAUUCACGGCUACGGUUACAUGUAUAAUAAAUUUCACUGCAAAAUUUUUACUUCCGCGUACACGUACAAGGCGAAGUAUCCUAGGGAAAUACUGCUAGCUAAAUUUUUCUCGACGCAUCCUAAAAAGUUUGUCUCGUCCAAACUUUACACAUAUUUCAUUGUUGUUCGAAGAAGUAAAGAAAUUUAAUACCGCCAUUUUUUUUCUUUUUUUUACAAAAUGCAAAAUGAUUUUUAGUUUGUAAAUUGCAGUAGA